UUCCUUGUAUUAGAGGAUCUGUGUUUGACUCUGGUAAGGCAUACCUCAACAAUACCCUACCAAAUGAUCCUGGAUGUACCGAUGUCUUGUUUGUAUCUCGUUUCAAACCCAACCAAGACAUCAGAGUCAUUACAUCUCUCAGCCACUCAGAUCUAUUACGCAGUGUGCACGACCCUGCGGCAUUGUGGGUCAAACAGGUAACAUCACGCGGUUUCAGGGUGUGUGUUCGGGAAUCUGGUGUUGGAUCCAAUGGGACUGGCGUUGUCAACUGGAUAGCAGUACAAGGAACAGUCGUUGGGCUUCAGCACGGUUCAAUUACCUUUGAUCAGUUGGGAUCUGGAACUCAAUGUAAGGCGGUGCCAACACAAUUGUUGUAUCUGAAACCUCCCCAAGUGUUCGCUACUGUGGUGGCGCCAGAUUCAAGUACAAGACAAGAUGCCAUGAAUGUCUGGGUCACCAAAAAUAAGAUAGGAGGAGCCUAUUCUGUAUGUUUGAGAGAAAUGGUCAGCUUUGAUGGAGUGCAUAGCCAGCUAAAAGUAAACUGGAUUGCUUACCAAAAAAUGUCAUCCAAAAUGAAUGUGACAGAAACGAACAACAUAACCAUUGAUACCAGAGGUACAUCAGUCCAGCAGAUUGACUAUACGUUUUGUAAGAACGUAAACUUUAAAAACGAAUUUUUCUCUCCACCUGUUGUCGUGACAACGGCUAGUUACUAUAGCAAUGAUUCAAGACCCGUGGCACAGGAGUGUAAAGCCAUGAGUGUCUGGAUUGAGGAAAUAACAAAAACGUACUUCAGAGUUUGCGCAAGAGAGCUGAAAGAUGGACGAUCAAAGACCAGCAUCAUGAACCUAGACUAUAUCGUACAAGGAGACCUUGAUCCUUGCAUCAAUGUAUCGUGUAACUAUUUUGCCGUGUGCAAGGCUUUUGCCCCGAAAGAUGCUCGUUGUGUGUGCGUGGACGACUGUCCCUCGUAUGAAGAGCAAGUCUGCUCAUCCAAUGGGACAACUUUCAAAAACAAAUGCUUUUUUGAGCUGGAGAUGUGUAGGUUGAAGAGCAAUCACACGCUGUAUCAUCCUGGUAGCUGUACAGGUUUUCCACUUGAAAGAGGCAGGACAUCGUUAUCUUCGACUCCAGUCGAUGGCACAAUGUGCAAAGAAGUCAGAUUCAGGCCAUUUGCAUUCUAUCCUGACAAACGAGUCCACGUGCAUCUGACGGUCAACCACUUCAACACCACAAACCUUGACUACGUACACGACGCAAUGGCAUCCUGGGUAGAAAAUGUUAAUUACCAGGAAUUCACGGCCUGCAUGACAAUGGCUGGUCGAAGUGUGCGCCCUCGCGUUGCGCAGGCAACGUUUGAUUGGUUUGCUUAUCAGGGUGCACCAGAUGGAGGCGUGACGGAUCGAACGAGAUUGGACGAGUGGUGGACUGGAACGACAUGUAAAACGGUCAAAUUGCCCAAGGACAAGUUCACAUCUGUGCCCACGGUCAUUGUGACAGCGGAACACAUCAGUGCCGCCUUCAAACACGACGCUGCGAACCUUUGGCUUGAAAACGUCAAUCAAACGUCGUUUGAAGUUUGCUUACGAGAGCUGCAGAAUUUUGAUGGGCUGCAUGAGAAUAUCCAUGUGAGUUGGAUGGCAUUUGAAGAAAUCCAUCGUCCACUGUUCAGUGAAAAAGGAAAGGUACUCUUCCCAAAUACCGGCAAGCCAUCAAUGAAAUACAAUGGCGCCUUUUGUAAGGACUUGAAAUACUCAAAAGUAUAUGAACACGUCCCUACGGUAAUUCUGUCAACCAAUCACACGACGGCAAGUGGGAAUUCAAGACCCGUAUGUAACGGUGUGUCAACAUGGAUUGAGUACAUGAACACGACUGGUUUUCGUGUUUGUGUCAAGGAGCUCUACACAACUAAAUACGAGCCCCUCACAGUCAGUUACUUGCUGUUAUCAGAAAUUUGCUACCCAGGCUGGAACUACUUUGAUGGUAUUUGCUACCACACUAGUUCGUCAUGUGACACGUGGAUUAACGCUGAAAACCGCUGCACAACAUCGCGGGCACACCUAGCAACCAUCAAAAGUCAAAUACAAAAUGUUUACAUUCAGCAGCGAUUGAACGGAGCCAAGGGAUGGAUUGGUCUGAAUGAUAAAAGCGUUGAAAGUGUUUUUCGAUGGACGCAAAAAGGAUUACAAAAUAACUGGACGUACUGGGCAGAAAACCAACCUAACAAUGCAGGAGAUCAAGACUGUGUUCACACUCUUGGUGUAGACCAUCAGUACCACUGGAAUGACGUGUCGUGUAACGAAUGUCACAACUUCACUUGUCAGAAAGAUUUGGACGAGUGCAGGAAGGAAGCAUUCAGUUGCCAUGACGAUGCUGUAUGUAGGAAUACCUACGGCUCGUACUAUUGUCAGUGUAAAACUGGAUAUACAGGGAAUGGAAAACAAUGCACAGAUAUUGAUGAAUGCACAACGGAUUCUCCAUGUCACGUGAACGCCACGUGUAUUAACAUCCCAGGAUCCUAUGUCUGUCGUUGUAAGAAUGGCUACAGUGGUGAUGGAUUCAGCUGUAGCGAUAUUAACGAGUGCGCAACCAAUACGCAUCAUUGUGACCGAAACGCAUAUUGUAACAAUACAGAAGGAUCGUAUCGUUGUACAUGUAACAGAGGUUAUUAUGGAAAUGGUACCAAGUGUACUACAAGUAGAGGACUCGAUUCGUCGGCCAUUUUAACCACCUAUGGUAAUGCAGACUACCUUCGUACAUUGUCUGGUUACUUGUAUCCUGUUCUACAGAGUUCAAGUAGAAGUCAUUGGAUCAGAUGUUGGCGAGCUGCAACAGAUGGUUGGAAUGUAAGAACCACAUUCCACCCCCAGUGUGACGGAAAGGGACCCACAGUGACUAUAGUACGUGUAGGUAGCCACGUGUUUGGGGGAUACACCGAUGUAUCAUGGCAAACUGGCGGCAACUAUUAUAGGUCUUCCAGAUCCUUCCUGUACUCUUUGUACAACACCAAUGGAUAUAGUCCAAUCAAGCUGACCUUUAACAGACAUCUAUACUACCAGUAUGCUAUAUAUGGGAUUAAUUCGUAUGGCCCAACAUUUGGUGGGGGACAUGACCUGCAUAUCUCGAACUAUGCUUCAAGUAACACAAACUCAUAUACAAACUUGGGUCACACAUACCGUACUCCACAAAUAUGCAGCUAUGGCAGUGGAACAUGCCGAUCUUUUAUGGCCGGUACCUACAAUUUUUGUCCCAAUGACAUAGAAGUCUUUUAUGAAACCACCAACUAAAGGGGCAAGCCCGGCAUUGAAAAAAGUGAAUUUGGCAUUAUUUAGUUCCAUAAUUAAAGUGGUUUUACUUAACUCAUGAACUGAGUUACCUUAGAGUGGUUUUAGUAACCCGUUGUCAAAAUAGUUAGUAGACUAUUGAUAAUAGAGACUAGUAGAUCUUACCUUCGCAUUUUUUACUUUCGUAGAGUGAAGGCAUUUAACCCGUGAAAUAAAAAAUUCUAGUCAACUUGUAAUAGUCGAAUAGACAAAAAAGAAAACAAUAGAAUUAGGGUGUACUAAUGUGUAUUAGUCUAAUAAUUUAUUUUAUGGGUUUAGUGACUUCACGCUAUGUAUUUGACUAUUACACAUUAGCAACUAAUUUUUGCUUCACGGGUUAGAGUGAAGUCACUAAACCCGUGAAGCCUAAUAAUACGCAUUGAUAGAUCAUAAUUCCAGUGUUUUCAUUUGUGUCUAUUUGACUAUUACAGGUUAACUAGUAUUGUUUAUUUAACGGAUAAAAUGCCUUUCCUUUAAGUAAAAUCACUAAUCACCUAAUUAGAGCAAAAUAGAAAACAAAGGAUUUUGCACUAGCUAUUUAGUACUAGGUUUUCAAGCAGGUACGUGGUCCGGCUAUAGUCUCCUCCAAUUUUUUGACGGUGAACAAUUGUAGACAUCUAGUUCAAGCAAGAGGUCUUACAAGAACUACUAUACUGGUGAUACCAUCAUCAGAAUUAGAAAAUGGUCAGAGGUUUGACACAAAGAUGAAUACAAGGGUGAGACCAAAUGUCAGUGAGAGGAAAAGUCUGAGUACUAUCUGUUGUUUGGUUGAUCUGGCGUCUGUUUGAUGGCGUUAGACUAACCUUGUCCAAGAAAAACGGGGUUUUCAUUCGACGAAGAAGAACUGAAGUGUCUUGUAUGAAAACGUCAGAACCGGAGAAAAUUGACGAUUCUUAAUACUCCAGUGUAUGAGGGCUUAGCCUCACUUCUGAGGUCGGUAAACAAAAGCAGAAAUUAGAAUAACAAAAAACAAGCAGCUUCUGGAUUCGAGGCCAAGUGCGCAUACACUGGAGUUUUAAGAGUCGUCAAUAAGUAAAUCUAUUAAAUAGAUUUUCGAAAACUAGAGGAGAAAUGGACAAGAGUAACAACUUGCAUAAUUUUCACAAAUCAAAGGAAUUACUAAAUUGGGUAUUAUUUUUGCUAUCGACUGAAAGAGCACUAGUGAAUUAGUACAGUUAUAAAAUAAUACAGCGAAUAUCAAUAGAGCUACAAGCAAUAAAAAUGUGCCAACAACAUGAGAACGAGGUUGGCAAGACCUUGGUUAUUUUUCUCAUACAGAUCCUUCAAAUUUGAAAACGCUGUAAUUUUUCAGGCAUUUGUAAUAGAGCAAUAUAAUUGUGCUCAAUUACUAAUGUUAGCAUGCUGUUUUGAAUGAUAGCUAUGUUGACUUUGAACAGCAAUGCGCAAUGAAAAGAUAAUUUAUGUUUAUAUUCUAGGGUCUAGGGCUUUUUGCAUAGAAACUAUGGUAAGUGAUAAAUGCUCAUAGUUCGUGUAGAUAACGAUAUAUGACGACAAGGAAAAAGUGGAUCGUUAUAAAUGUAAUAUUCAUGUACUGCAAUAAGUAAUAAACCGUUAUUUUGA